AUGUCCUCAGUUAGCGGCCCUGUCCUCAUUCUCGUGUUCUCCAUUGCUUGCUGGUCGCAGCACUCUGUCCUCACUCUCGUCGCUCCGCGUCACUCUGAUCCCACCACUCUUGUCCUCACCUCUCACCCAGAGGAGCUUUGUGCCUUUGCUCCGCCCUCCUGUUCCCGAGGCCCCGCCCCCUCCUCCCAUGAUGCUCUGCUGCAGCGGGCGAUCGAGGCGGAGGAGCGAGCGAGGCGAGCGGAGGAAGCGCUGACCCGAGCCACGGAUGACCUGCACAAACUCAGGGUUCUGGCUCAGGGUUUGGUGUUGAGUUCUGAUUCUCCUCGAGGAGCUCGUUCCCUGGGAGUCGUUUCUGAACUGAGAGAAGAAGAAGACCAGGCCUAUUUCAGCUCCUACUCCCACUACAGCAUCCACGCCGAGAUGUUGAAGGACCGAGUCCGGACGCAGAGCUACAGAGACUUCAUGUACCAGAACCCAGAGCUGCUGCGCGACAAGGUGGUUCUGGACGUGGGCUGUGGCACCGGGAUUCUCUCCAUGUUCGCCGCUAAAGCCGGAGCCAAACGCGUCAUCGGCGUCGACCAAUCAGAGAUCGUCUAUCAGGCCAUGGACAUCGUCAGGUUGAACGGUCUGGAGGACAGGGUGACUCUGAUCAAGGGGAGGAUCGAGGACAUUUCUCUGCCCGUGGACAAAGUGGACGUCAUCAUCUCCGAGUGGAUGGGAUACUUCCUCCUGUUCGAGUCGAUGUUGGACUCGGUGCUUUUCGCUCGUGACCUUUACCUGGCGGACGGAGGAUCAGUGUACCCGGACGUGUGCACGAUGAGCGUGGCGGCCGUGUGUGACCCGGCCCUGCACCAGGAGCACGUCGGCUUCUGGGACAGUGUGUUUGGGUUCGACAUGUCGGUCAUGAAGAAAGUCGUGGUCCCCGAGGCGGCGGUGGAGCUGCUGCGACCUGAGACGCUCGUGUGUGAAGCCCAGGUUAUAAAGAGGUUCGACUGUAACAUCGUGUCUCUGUCCGACCUGGAGUUUGAGGCCGAGUUCAGUCUGAAGAUCAGGACCAGCGCCCCCUGUACGGCUCUGGUCGGGUUCUUCGAUGUUCUGUUUGAGCGCGGCUGUGGUCAGAAGGUGAGCGACACUUUAAAAACUCAUUAUGAACAAAACGUCCUCCUCCUCCUCUCUCCUCCUCCUUCUGACUCAGUCUCUUUGUGUUUUUUAGGUGAGGAGCUGAAGGGGAAAAUCGCGGUUCGUAAAAAUCAGAAGGAUCCUCGCUCUCUGCUCAUCUCCAUCCAGCUCCCAGAUCGAAAGCUUCACUACAGCCUCCAGUGAAGAACAUCUGAACAUCUGAACAUCUGAACAUCUGAACAUCUGAACAUCUAAACAUCUGAACAUCUGAACAUCUGAACAUCUGAACAUCUAAACAUCUAAACAUCUGAAC